AUUAAUGUUUACCCUUCAAAAGAACCAAAAUGCAGUUCAUCAAGGCCCCGCCCAAACCCCAAUACGGCCCCACCAGGAGUUUCUUCCUAAUCUCAUCUUCUCUCUGCAUCAUCUACUUCCUCUGUUGCUUCGUUCUCAUCCCCAACACCAAGCUCAUCAAUGAAUCCCUUGAUCUCCAUAACUCUUCUUCUUCUUCCCCGUCCCCGUCCUCGUCCCCGACAACUAUCCGCCAGAUCGUCUUCGGGAUCGCCUCCAACGAGAACGCGUGGCGCAAACGGAAAGAAUACGUGAAGCUAUGGUGGCGGCCGGAGAAGAUGAGGGGGUGCGUGUUUCUCGAACGCUACGUCACGUGGUUCGACAACGACACCGCCUUGCUCCCUCCGAUAUGCGUCUCCGAGGACACGUCGCGCUUCCGCUACACGUACCGGGCCGGGAAGGGGACGCCGUCAGCCAUCCGCGUGGCGCGUGUGGUGUCGGAGACCGUGGCGCUCAACCACUCCGACGUCAAGUGGUUCGUGUUCGGGGACGACGACACCGCCUUCUUCCCGGAGAAUCUCGUCAAGACGCUCUCCAAAUACGAUCACGGCCUCUGGUACUACAUCGGCACCAAUUCCGAGAGCCACGGCCAGAACAAAUUCUUCUCUUACGAAAUGGCGUUCGGCGGUGCCGGAUUCGCCAUUAGCUAUCCUCUUGCAAAAGUCCUGGCUAAGGUAUUGGAUUCCUGCAUUGAACGUUACCCCCAUCUCUAUGGCAGCGACGCCAGAAUCCAUGCCUGCGUUUCCGAGCUCGGCGUUUCAUUAACACGAGAGCCAGGAUUUCAUCAGCUGGAUAUUCAAGGGAACGUGUUUGGAUUACUGACGGCGCAUCCGAUAAGGCCACUGGUAUCUCUGCAUCACAUGGAAGUGAUGUACCCGAUUUUUCCGCACAUGACGAUACUUAAGGCGCUGAAUCAUUUGUACUACGCCGCCAGCUUUGAUCCUCACCGGAUUUUGCAGCAAACGGUUUGCUACGACCGGUGGUUCUCCUGGACGGUGUCGGUGUCUUGGGGCUACGCGGUUCAGAUAUUUGGGAACCAUAUACGCGUGCCGGAGGUUCUGCGGGUGCAACAGAGUUACAUGCCGUGGAAGAAGGGCGGGAAGGGAAUGUUUUACGACUUCGAUACCUGGGGAUUUCACCCUGAUCCCUGCCGCCGGCAGCCUAUAUUCUUCUUCGUGAAUGCUUCUUCCGGAGGGGAGAAUGGAACCGUGGUGAGCAUUUACAGGAAAAUGAACCGUGAGAGAUGCAGAUUUGAUCUCGCUUCUCCCAGGAAGAUUGAUGAAAUCAGAGUGUAUUCCAAAAAGUUGGUCCUCGACACAAACCAGCUGCUAUCACCAAGAAGGCAAUGCAGUGAUGUAUUACCUUCUACAUCUGAACACGUUAUGGACAUCAACAUUAGGGAAUGUCGAGAAGAUGAAGUAACUUUCAUGCGGCGCUGAUGAUAUGAUAGUCGUCUUAUUACUACAUUACAUUAGAUCCAGUUGAAACAUUAUCUGCCAUCAUCAUCAACAUGAAAAAACUGACAAAUUAGCGGAAGCAAC